AUGGAUUCAAGAAACAAAUUUAAAUUAUAGGAACUUCACAAUUUGUUAGAUAAAGAGUUAUAGUUAUUGUAGUAGUAAUUGAAUACUGAAACGGAGUAAGGAUAUUUGUUUAAGAAUUCUUAUCUUUAAAGAAUUAAGCAAGCAUCUUAAGCGAAAGGAUCAAAUAAUGACAUAGCUAGUAAAUUUGAAGAUUAAAAUAAUAAUUGGAAUAAUUAAGUUAAUGAUGAACAAUAGGAAUACAAGAAAGAUUACGAAAAUAAUUUUUAAGCUUAUCAUUAAGAGCCUUAAAACAUAUAAUAAAAAGAUUAGUAUUAAGGGAAUACUUAAAGAUUAAAAUAAACAUUCAAUACAGACUAUGGUACUUAAAUAUCAUUCUAGCAAAGAACAAGCCAAUUUACAUCAUAAAACCCAUAUGAAGGUGUUGAGACAGAGUAAUAACAAGCGCUAUUGAUUAAUAAUACAGAUGAGAGUUGUGAUCCUUUUACAAAUUUUAAUUUAUAAAAAGAAAUAAAUGGUUUAUAGUAAAAAAUAUAAUUUUUAGAGUAAAAAUUCAUUUAAUAGACUAAUGAGUAAAUGAAUAAUAAUAAUAAAUAUGAUUCAUUAAAGAAAAAUAACAACAAAUAUGACUUAAAUAUAUAAAAUUAUGAAUAAGCACCAAAAGAUGAGAUUUUCAACAAGAAUAUAAAACCUGUUAAAAAUAAUGAUGGUUUUACAAAAGAGUCUGAUACUGAUAAAUAUUUGAUAGAAAAUAAGUAAAAUGAAAUCAAUAAAAAUAAAUUGAUAUUUGACCAGUUAAAUGACUCAGUAUUUUAAUAAACAUCUAAGAGCUCCUAGGGAUAUAAUCAUUCUAGAUUAGAUUUUAAUGCAAAUUAAACUACAAAGAGAUAAAACAACCAUGAUUCUAAGAGACUUAAUGAUUCAUCAUAAGAAACAAAAAGCAAUAAAAAAUAUUUUUAAAAAAUGUUGCCAAAUAAUGCAGAAAAGAAUGAUAAUGCCUCUACUUACUCAUAAUCAAAAAGUCCUAAAAAUAUACUUAAAAAGAGAUCUAUAAGCUCAAAAUCAUCUAAAACUGUCUAAUAAGAUGACUAACUAAGAGAUUUAGAAAAAGAAAUAAAAGGAGCAGAGCACAGUUUAGAUAUCUCGAAAAAGUUUUUAAAACAAGCAUUAAGCAUAAGUAGCUCUAGAUUGAAUUUAAAAACAGAUAGCGCAGUAAAUAAGUCAAAUUAUUCCUUCCGUUAACAAGGUUUUUAAGAUACAAGUAGCAAACGAUCUUACUCCUAAAAGAGCUAGAGAGAAAGAUCCUUAUCCCAGGGUGCAAACUUUUUCCCAAUCGACAGCUUUGCUUAAUAAUAUCAUGAAUCUUUAGAGUUAAAAUAAAAGAUUGCUUAAAUACGUAAAUAAUAUGAGACAGAAAAAGAUAUUUUAAAUGAAGAACGUGAAAGAAAUAAAGUUAUCAAUGAAAGUAUUGACAACUUAUCAAUAAAAAUCAAAAAAAUAUAGAUGAUAGUUGAAAGAAAUCAGUAAAAUGAAAAAGACUAUCAAAAGCUAAUAGAAUCUUAUAAUAAGAGUGAAUAAAUAAGGAAAUAGUAAAAAUUACUCAUUUUGCAGCUAAAAGAGGAAAUAGAGGUGCAUAAAAGUAAUUAAAAUAAAUCACCUAUUUCAAUAAUUUAAGAAGAGCCUAGAAAUUCUAGAAAAAAAAAUGGCAAAAGACUUUCAACCAGUGGAUCAUAAAAUUAUCCUAAAAGAAUUUGA